AUGGCUCACACCGCCGUCGCGUCUACCUCGUCGGACGACGGCGAGGACAUUGGCGCGCGUCUUCGGAAGCUAAAUCUACCACAGAGGCCGCUGAUCAUGGACAAGGUCAACCGCCCGCGCCAGCGACACUGCGGGCACAGCGAAACCGAGAAGUGCUGGUGCUACGAGUACACGACGAUGCUGCCCCGGCCUGAGUACGAGGGGAAGUGGCUCCCGGAUAGCCCUGAGCCGCUGGAAACUCCGGCGAAGGUCUUGACGAACGGGAACAGCAGGGGCAGAGAUGGGCGGGAGGACAGGGACAGGGACAGGGAGGAGCGCGAUGCGGGUGGGAGCGGUGGUGCUGGGACGGGGACGGGGACGGCGAGAGUGAAUGGGACGAACAAGUUGCCGGAGAAGAAGAAGUUUAGCUUGGGGCAGUACAAGGAUAGGAAGCUGGCUGGAAAGACGCCCGCGAAGACGAAUCCUUCUCUUCCCCCUCCUCCUCCACCCCCUCCUACUUCGCAUCCUCCUGCUGGCGUUGCGGCUGCGGCUCUUGGUCCAAGGAAGGCUCAGUGGACUCCCAGGAGACAAUCCGGAACUCCAGAGAAGCUCGACGGAGCCCAAUUUCGCGACGAAGCCCUCCACGACGAAGCCCUUCGCGACGGAGAAGCCCUUCCAGGCGAAGCCCUCCACGGCGGAGCCCGUCGCGGGACGAUCAGCCGCCUCCCAGGAAACGACACAGGACCCCCACCAGCUCCAGCUACUCCAUCACUCCCACCGCUGCCCCCAUUGCUCAGCCCUACGCUCCCCCAAGCUAUUGAGGAUGCUCUCGCGCUGCUGGAAGAAAACAAUAGGUCACGCGGUGGCACGAGGGAGGACGGAUACGACAGCUCAAUUGCUUUGAGCUCGCGCAAACGGCAACGCGCACCAUCCGAUACUGAGCGUCCUGGUCGAAAGACUCUCGCGCCAGGGAAGAAACUGCCGGGAUCCAGCACGAACACGCCAUCGUCGCGCUCCCCACGCAACAAUCCCUCACCCACAAAAUCGGCCGCGCCCAGCAACAAGACCAUCAGGACCAAUCUUGGCGGCAACACAACCCCCAAAAUGGUUGCGUCGAAAACAGUGCAGAAGCGACCGGCGAGCCCCAAACAGUCGUCGCCAUUGCCGAGAAGCUCGAAAACAUCUUCAAAAUUCCCGCCGGCUUCGGUGUCUGCUGCUGCGGGCCCGGAAAAGAAGUCGCUGAUUGUCCGGCUGAAAUUCUCAAAGAGACGCGCGAAGGAUGUCGCGAUCCUGCUGCUGCUCAAACCUAGCCCUAAGCGACAACGCCAAGAUGAUCAUCUGCUGCCGGCGCCAGCCGCGAAGCGACAGGCUGUUGCGUCUGGGAGAUCUCCCGCUUUCAAGUCUCCCGCUUUGAAGGUGCCGAAGGAAAAGGACAUAACAACCACCCCUCCGAAAAAGGUCAAUGGCCAUCCCACCACGACGGCUCUGAAAAGGACGGCGUCGGAGGGACAUGCGCAAACACCGAGCAAGGAUGAAAGGAAUGGUGGUGCCCCGAGAAAGCCGUUGGAUCACUCUGUGCAGUCCAGGGUGGAGAAUUUUAGGGCAGAGUAUCAGAGGUAUGCGGAGUGGGGGAAGCUUUCGAAAUAUGAAGCUGACAGAACAUUCAAACACCAAACUGAAAUUGAUAAGGAAAAGACCCGAUACGCAACAGUAGUAGCGGUUGAUUCCGUCCUAUGUUACAUCCUUUCUUUCAUGUGUGAAGAGGAGGCCAAGGCGCUCGAACAGCGAUCUCCCCCGAUAGACACCUGGCGUUCAAUUGUUCCUUUAUCAAAGUUUGUUGCCGAGAAAUGUUAUACUUACCCCCCACUCCAUGGUCUGUGCAAACAGCUCGAAGCUAUUAUCCGACAGCACCUGUUUGAUAUGGAGAUUGCUGCAUUCGAAAAGGUACCACUCCCGGACUCCGCCUCCAAAGCCCCCACUCCCGACUCGGGCACCAACACAAACGGUGUCAGCAUCGACCGCACAACCUACCUCAAGCACCGAAGCACCAUUGUCCGCGAGGCCCGUGAACUCAAGGACUGCUGGCUCGACGGCAUGCGCUACCUCACGCUCGACGUCAUCCAAAGCCAGUUCCCCCACACCUGGGCUGAGCGGUCGCGCAAGUUUGUUGAUCCCACAGCGUCGACACUGAAGGUGGGAAAGUACAAGCACUCGUUUCAGCUGCCGCUGCAUCCGAAUACGUGUAUGAUUGAGGCGCUCAACUUUGGAUUUCUGUUUCUGCAGGAGUGGGCAGCAGCGGAGGGGAUAAAGGAUUUCAAAAGUAAGCUGGGUGUCUUUUUAUGA